UUCUUAUUCUUCAUCUGAUUGUAAUAGAUACCAAAACAUUUGCACUCUCUUCGAAAACCCGGCUCUUUCGUCAAGCAUUUCACAAUAUGAAGCAAAAGAUAAUCAUCAAGGUGCACGUGAGAUGUGACAAAUGCCGGUCCAAAGCCAUGACGGUAGCCGCUGCAACAGAUGGCGUUAUGUCAGUGUCAUUACAAGGUCAAGACAAAGAUCAAGUGGUGGUGAUUGGAGAAAGAGUUGAUGCAGCUUGCUUGACAAACACAUUAAGGAAGAAGGUUGGGUAUGCAAGGUUAGAGACUGUAGAGGAAGUCAAAGAUAAACCAGCUGAAAAGAAAAAAGAAGAUGAUAAGAAAAAAGAAGAUAAGAAAGAUCCACCACCAUUUCAAUGUAUCAUGCCACCACCUUGUUGCCCACCUCAGUUUGAAUCGUAUGGAGUGGUUUACGAGCCCUAUGGCUCUCAACCAAAUUGUACUAUCAUGUGAAAUGGGAUGGACUUCAUAGAAAAUUGGUGUAAUCUCAAUGCCCCUUUUUUCUUCUUUAAUCUUUCUUUGUAACUUCUUUGUUUUGCUUUUAUUGACAUUUUGAAAAGUAUGUAGUAGGUAGAUCUUCAACCAUGCAUGUUACUCAUUGUGCGUGGUUUACCCUCUAUUUGUGGCUUCUAGAAUUUGUUGACUUUUAUGUAUUUAUAAAUUAGUAAAUAAAGAAACAUUAAGGAUUUAUACCA